AUGGAAGAAAAGAUAAAGAAAGAGUUGGGUACCGUAACGCUAAAAUUAGCUGGCCACUCUGAAGGUGGAUGCAUCAGCCAGGGCCAGAGUUACCACACUGACACGGGCAAAGUGUUUGUGAAGAUAAACCACAAACGCGAGGCCAAGUUAAUGUUUGAUGGAGAAAUGGCCAGUUUAGAAGCCAUCUUAAAAACAGGAACUCUUAAAGUGCCCAAACCUCUGAAGGUGAUCGAAUUGGACACUGGAGGAGGCUGUGCAUUUGUCAUGGAGCAUUUGGACAUGCGUGGUUUAAACAAGUAUUCAAAACAGCUUGGCGAGCAAAUGGCUGAUCUUCAUCUUCACAACAAAAGACAGCUUGAGAAAGUCAGCGAAGAGCAGCAGACUGUUGGAAAAGGAGCUGGGCAGUCAGAGGGAACUUAUGUGGACAAAUAUGGCUUCUCUACCACCACAUGCUGUGGUAUUAUACCACAGGACAACGAAUGGCAGGAGGACUGGGUGAUAUUUUACACCCGACAGAAGCUUGAGCCUCAGCUCAACAUGUUGGAGAAGUCAAACGGGGACAGAGAGGCCAGAGAGCUUUGGGCAGAACUUCAGCUAAAGAUCCCUCAAUUCUUCCAAGACGUGCAGACGUUCCCUGCUCUUCUCCACGGCGACUUGUGGGGCGGCAAUGUAGCAGAAACCGAGGAAGGCCCGGUGGUCUUCGACCCAUCGUCUUUCUACGGUCAUUCCGAGUAUGAGUUGGGAAUCGCUGGAAUGUUCGGCGGUUUCAACCACUCUUUUUUCAAUGCCUAUCACCAAAAAAUCCCCAAGGCGCCCGGUUUUGCCAGGAGAAACAAGCUUUACCAACUCUUCAACUACCUGAAUCACUGGAACCACUUUGGUGGUGGCUACAGAGGUUCGUCCAUUAGUGUCAUGAAGGAACUGCUGAAGUAA